AUGGUCAAGUCCGAAACUUCUGAUGAGCCAGAACAUUUUCGCAAGAUAUUUAUUGGUGGCUUAGACUACAGAACCACAGAUGAAUCAUUGCAGAAGCAUUUUGAACAAUGGGGGAGCAUAGUGGAUGUUGUGGUAAUGAAAGAUCCAAAAACCAAGAGGUCAAGAGGUUUUGGCUUUAUCACCUACUCCCAUGGCCACAUGGUUGAUGAAGCUCAGUCUCAUCGACCUCAUAGGAUUGAUGGGCGAACUGUUGAAACCAAAAGAGCAGUUCCUAGAAAUGAUAUUGGAAGACCUGAGGCUGGUGCAACUGUUAAAAAAAUAUUUAUUGGUGGUUUGAAAGAUGAUAUAAAUGAAGAUGAUCUAAAGAUGUAUUUUGGGGAAUAUGGCACAAUUUCAAAUGUUGCCAUCAUUAUGGACAGAGAUACUGGAAAGAAAAGGGGUUUUGGUUUUGUAGAGUUCGAAGACUAUGACACAGUUGAUAAAAUAUGCUUACAAGGUUCUCAUUCAAUCAAUGGGAAAAGAAUUGAUGUCAAGAAAGCUAUCGGCAAAAGUGAAGGAGGAAAGGGUGGUGGUGACAGAAUGGGAGGCGGUGGUGGUGGCAGAAGUGGUGGAAGAUCCAGAGAAAGUGGUGGCUCAGGGUGGGGUGGUUCCUCAGGACGUGGUGGUGGAGGUGGUGGCUGGGGCAAUGGUAACAGCCAACCAUGGGGUGGAAGUGGACCCUGGGAGAACUCGGGUAGUGGCAGUGGAUGGAGCAGUGGAGGUCCUGGUGGAUGGGACAGUGGAAAUGGAUUUGGAGGAGGAAGUAGUGGUGGUGGAUACAGCUCUAGCUACGGUAGUAGUGGGCCCAUGCGCUCUGGAAGUGGAUUUGGAGGAGGUAGAUCAGGAUCCCAAAGUGAUUGGGAAGGAAGCGGUGGUGGUUUUGGAGGUGGAUAUCAACAGAGCUAUAGUGGUGGUCCUAUGAGAUCAAGUGGCGGUGGCGGUGGUAGUGGUGGUGGUGGCUACGGCGGAAGAUCUGGCCCUUACUCAAGUGGAGGUAGCGGCUAUGGUGGAAGUGGUGGAAGAAGGUUCUAA